CGUUCGCAUGUAAGCAUUCCGCUCAUUCGUCCGUGUCAACAAACGUGGGGCCGGACCUGAGUGGCACUAGAAUUACAUUAUUUACCUAAAAGAUACAACUGAUCAAUAUAAGAAUAUCCACCAGGAUAUUGGUAGUGCACUGACCCUGAUGAAGCUGUACACAUGUCAGGAUGUUUAUCCUCCAUAGUGUGGCUCCCUGUAUGCUUCUAUUACUAGUUGGCACUCCAUAUUAUGUAUCAUCACAAUCACUGCCAGCUACUACCCAGGAUCCUGCCAGUGUGGCCACAGAAUCCAGCACACAAUCUCUCAGUACCAGCUAUGAUAACAGUACCUUAUCUGAAGUAUCUGUCUCCACAGCAGUUCCUGUAGUCAGCACUACCCCCGCCAUAGUAAACACCAGUGUGGACCCCCAGUCUGUGGAAGUCCUCUAUGGCUGUUCUUUUGACUCUGACUUGUGCUCCUGGACUCAGGACGGCCAAGAUGGCGUAACCUGGGAGCGUCAGUCGGCACUACCUGGCAGUUUACUCAGUGAUAGUUCAGGGAGUGGCUCCUAUUUAUAUGCCAAACCAUCAGUCCAACCUGGCAACUCCACGGGACAGAUAAAAACCCCAUACAUAGUCAACCCGAGAAAGCUAAACUCUCCGCGUAUACAGUACUGUCUUGAUUUUUGGUUUUACUUUUACCAUAAUUCUCAAAAUACUGGCUCCGAGGACUCCAGCAGGCUGAACAUUUACUUGCAGUCCUAUGCAAAUGGUGUAUCUCCUGCUAACGUGUCAGAGUAUCUCCUUACAACUAUAUACUCUUCCAGUAGUUUUCAAGUGUCCUGGAAAAAACAGUUUACCAGGCUGUGGCUGGAUCCUCUAGACGAUGGUUUUGCUGUGAUAUUUGAGGGAUUCCUGACAGAGGCCGAGAGGAGUGUCCUGGCCAUAGAUGAUGUCAAUAUAUUGCCAUGUGAUGGAAUAAUAGAAUUCUGUACAUUUGAAGAUGGCUACUGUGGAUGGACACAGAUAUGGACAGAUAAUUUUAACUGGAGGAGAACUGACCACCCUACGGUGACAGAGGGGACGGGGCCUGUGGCAGGAUAUAAUGGAGGCGGACACUUUUUGUACAUAGAAGCCACUGGGCGGUACCCAAAUGCCAAAGCUCAAAUUCAGACCAAGGAGAUCUCGAGUAACUCACAACACAACUGCCUUAUCUUCCGCUACCACAUGUAUGGAAAUAACAUAGGAAAACUUGAAGUGAAAGUGAAUGGCUCCUGGAUUCUGUUUUCCAAAUUAGGUGAUCAGGGGAAUGAAUGGAAAGAAGCACAGGUGGAAAUACUUCUGCCCUCUCGGAAGUUUGAGACAUUUAAGCUGACCUUUGAAGCCUCAGUGGGCAACGGCCCUCUGGGAGAUAUUGCCAUUGAUGACAUGUUUGUCCUGAGGAGGGAAUGUCCUGGACCAGUCACAGUGCCAUCUGAUUUUGAUGAAUUUAUCAUUGGUGACACCAGUGGGGGUCGCACCAACUCCACCAAGAUAAGAUCCCCUGGUUACCCUCACAGUCUGCCAAUAAUCCAUUGGUACCGUCCUUACCGAUACAAAAUAACCAACUUAGAGGACACAGGAUACAUGGUGGUGACCUUUACUGACUGGCUUCUGGACAGAAAGGAUGUUGUAGUGAUCCAUGACUAUAACUCCAGCACAGGGUUAGCAGACAACAGGAGGAUGUACAACGGAGGGUCAGAUGGUCUGAGGGACCGUCCCAACAUUGUGUCCACUUCCAAUUGUCUGUUGGUCACAAUACUGGACACUGCCAGUGGACAGUCAUUUGUCAGUCACAAUAAUAGUAUUGCUUUUAAAGGGAAUGUAAUAUUCAUGUCUGGAAAUAUUCCUAGGCCAACAAUGCCAAAGAGUUGUGGUGAAGUUUUCGAUAAGUAUUCUGGCAAUAUCAGCCUAAAAUUGACCUCCAGAGAGACCAACAUUAGCAGAGAUUGUGUCUGGGUCAUAAAGAGCACCCCACCAUAUACAGACACUGUUUUAACUGGACCAAGCCAGAUAUUACUACCAGGAAGCACCAUUCGACAAUUCAUGGUCCGUAUACAUGAUGGUGUGACAUCAGACACGCCGUAUCUAGAUUACUAUAGCGCCCCCAACAACAUGAUAGGUAUGGAACUGAUUGGUCACCAUGGGAUUUACAUCAGAAUGGCUGUAAUUGGGCUGAAUGGACAUAUGGAGUUUUGGGCCAGCUACUUCAAGGCCUCACAUUUAUAUGGGGUUUACCACCCUUGCCCUGACUAUCGGAACAUGUUCCGUUGUGAGGACGGCCUGAUGUGUAUACCAUACUCCCUGUACUGUGACGGCACACCGCAAUGUAGGGACAGAUCAGAUGAAUACAAUUGUUCAGCAUGGUGUCUUAAAAGUACAAGUACCAACUACAGAGUGUGUCACGGGUCACAGAGCUGUGUACAUGUGAGUGCGUUGUGCGAUCACAACUGGGACUGUGCAGAUGGAUAUGAUGAAAAAUACUGUAGUUACACUGCCUCCACCACUCCACAGGCCACACCAAUACUAGCUGUAGAAGAAGAUGAUGGUACCAUUAUUGGGAUUGCGUUGUUUGGAGUGGUAGUCCUGAUUUGUUUGUCUUGUUUGGUAUUUGCUGCAUUCAAACGUAAUGCCAUGCAAAAUUCCAGAGGAAGUGUUCGGAGCAGGACGGUGGAGUUGCCACCAGAGCCAGAAGUACAAUCGGUAACAUACAGUCGCCAGAACAGUAAUGCCUCCUACUUGAUCUAUCAGUACCAGAACGACUGGCCGCCAGACUAUGAUGCUGCUGUCCGAUACAAUGCUGAUGACGGAAACGUCAAUCUGGGUUUCCAAAAUUCUUCUGGCGAUCUCAGGCAGGAACCACCCAAGUAUGAAGAAGUCUUCCACGACUCAGCAGUUUCCAGGCAAGUUUCUAGUCAGCCAGACCUUAUACCAGUAAGAGAGGUCUCUUUCAUUGAUGAAGACAGAGAGGAUGAUAAUGUCCAGGGAGACAAUAGUGCUAUUUUAGAUCAUAUCCAACAGGUGGCAGCACAAUCUAAUGAUGAACAUGCUGGCCAACAGAUGGCAGCACAGGGUGAUAGUUCAGGUGGAAGCCAUGAGAUGGCAGCACAAGGCAAUGAACAGGUUAUCCCCAUGGCAAGUGGUGAGAGCAUGGUGAGAGGGAACAUGGACUCUUCCUCCACAGUAUUUGGAGACCAGGCUGGAGACAGAAGACAGAAUGUGCCAGUCACUGAGCUCUGAAAAAGUAUAUCUAUGUCAUUGGCUUCCAACUGAUUUUUCAGUAUAUAAGUAUAGGCACAAGCAAAACAGUACCUCUUGAAAGCAUCCUUCAGCUUGAAUGCUAAAGGCACUCAAGGUGAGGUUUACUGUAAAAUUUACUGAGAAAAUUGUUUGUUAAUUUUUCUUAUGGUAUCUGACAUUGGAUAUACAAGUACAUUUGUUGUGCAUACUUGCAAAAGUUGUCCUUGCGAUACCAAUCAUUACGAUGGUGAGAAAGUUUUGGGGCUGGAUAUUUGUGUGGCAGUCCUUAUCUGCAUCCAUCUGUAUACAACCUGACCUCCUCCCAGCCUGGGGAGUUUUCACCACAUGCUUAAAAUGUUUACCUUUACUCCAGCAAAUAUCACUUCUGAAUCAGUAAAUGUUGAUCAUUUUUCACCACCUCCUUUCAAAAUAGCUUAAAAAUUAAUGAAUGUAUUUUUCAGACCCAGGAUAACCCCUCAUCAACAGAUUUUUGUUAUAAAUGUGUAAUAUGACAGAAAGCAUUCCAAAUCAAAUGCAAUAUAUGUAUCUCUAUCAUGUAGUAUUAUAGAUUUAAUUUAAUCAUAUCAGAACAAAUUAUCAUUUAUAGUCACUGAAUAUUUCUAGGGUUUUCCUAUUUUACACAGGGUAUUGAUACAAACAAGAAUUGUGAAAACAAACUAUUUUAUUAAAAGUUUGUUAUAUUAUGUGAAAAAAAUUAAUUUAUCUCUAUUAUUUGCCAUAUCUUAUUUUUUGCUUAAAUACACUUGUUUUACACUUGUUUUUAUUUGAUAUGAUCACACGUAGUAGCCCAAUUAAUGGAUUGUAUAGCUGUAUUUUUCAUAUUGAAUCUGUUAAAAUUGUCAGUAAUGGCAGAUUUGCCCUGUACGAUUUAAAUGAAAAAGACGUCAAUAUUAAUUUUUUUUUUUUUUUUUUUUUUUU